AUGAAGACGACCCCUAGCCGCCUUGUCAAAGCACUGCCAUCCUACAAGCCGCAGCUGACCCCAGCUAUCUGCUGGGCUGCUCCAAUCCAGUGCAGGCUGACUCCAGGCUGGUACAGUCUUGGAUCAUCGACCGGGCCUUUACGGUCCAUUUCGACCUCCCGCGCUCUAGCCAUGGCUGACAGCACUUCUGCACAACCCCCAGCAGCCCCCAGCACAAUCUACUUCUCCGCAAACCAGCCCGCAGACCUGCCCGCCCGUGCCUCCAAGCUAAUCCCCACCUGGGAGCUGACGCCCUCGCGCAAAGGUCUGCGACGAGACUUCCAGUUCAAGACCUUCGAUCUCGCGUGGCAGUUCAUGGACGCCGUGGCACAGGAAUGCAAGGUCCAGCGGCACCACCCGGAGUGGUCGAAUCUGUACAAUCGCGUCACGGUGGAGUGGACGACGCACCGGCCCGAGGGGCUGAGCGUCAAGGAUGUGGAUAUGGCCGAGUUCUGCGAUAGGGUUGCGGGCGAGAUUGGGUUGAAAGCCUGA